AAGGAAAGAAAACUACAGAAAACAAAACGCAUGCGCAUGCGUACUUUGCGCAAGCUUGACGCGCACCAAGCUAACGAUCAGAGGAGCAUCCAAACAGCUAAACAUGGCUCAGUUCACUUACAGCAGACUGUCGCAUUUACUGAGAAUAUCCGUUAAUAAACACUCAGUGUUACGAACCGGGACAGAAAUAAAACCGGGACCUGCGUGUUGUGUUCAGUUCGCACGCUGCCACAGGUCAGUGGAUAGUAAGAUGCUACAGGAGAGGCAGAAGCAGCAGAUGGCGAAAGGUCUUCCCAAACAGAAGCCCAUCACGGGGGUCAAACAGGUCAUCGUUGUGGCUUCAGGGAAAGGUGGCGUGGGCAAAUCAACCACUGCAGUGAAUUUAGCUCUUGGAUUGAUGGCCAAUGAUCCGCUCAAAUCAGUCGGCCUGCUGGAUGCUGACGUUUAUGGCCCCUCAAUUCCCAAACUGAUGAACCUGAAGGGAAACCCGGAGCUCAGCGACAACAAUCUGAUGAUCCCUCUCACCAACUACGGGGUUCCUUGCAUGUCGAUGGGGUUCCUGGUGGACGAAGUGGCUCCGAUCGUGUGGAGGGGGCUGAUGGUGAUGUCAGCGUUAGAGAAACUGCUCAGACAGGUGCACUGGGGGUCGUUGGACUAUCUGGUAGUCGACAUGCCUCCUGGGACGGGAGACGUCCAGCUGUCUAUCUCACAGAACAUUCCAGUCUCAGGUCAGGCACACACAGCUACAGUAUACCUGUACCAGCCCUACUUACAUUACCAUAGUUGUGUUGUGUGUCGGUUUUAUUUUGCAGGUGCGGUCAUUGUGUCAACGCCACAGGACAUCGCUCUCCUCGAUGCUCGCAGAGGAGCCGAGAUGUUCAAGAAAGUUAACGUGCCGGUUCUCGGUCUGGUGCAGAACAUGAGCGUCUUCCAGUGUCCCAAGUGUAACCACCAGACUCACAUCUUCGGCUCUGAUGGGGCCCGACAGCUCGCAGACACUCUGGGAGUCAAUUUCUUAGGUGACAUUCCUCUUCAUCUCAACAUCAGAGAGAUGUCAGACAGAGGAACACCAGUGGUCGUCUCCUCUCCUGACAGCCCAGAGGCGGAGGCGUACAGGAAGGUGGCGUCUGCUGUGGUCCAAAGGCUUGAGGAAGUCAACACUUGAUCGACAGCUUCAACAGGAAUUAAGGCACAUGAAGACACUCCAUGUCAUGCACACUGCACAUGGGAACUUGCAGAACAAACAACGUACUGUACAUGUGACACACUUUUAUGUAAGCAUACAAAACACACGCAAACAGAGACGCACAGAAUUCUUCGCUGUCGUAACGAACAAUAAGUUACAUCCAAAGCACUACUGUAUGCUGUGUGUUAGUGCCACAGUGUUACUGAAUAAAUGUGAAUCAUUUAGCUGUCAGGUGAUAUUUAAUAAAACUCAGCUAAAGUCUGUUUAGAAUUUUAUGAAUAUUACAUUUUAAAAAUAUGUAAAGGUGCAGAGCCUGGGCAAAGAUAGCUGAUUGUUCAGUCUUAUUCCAGAUCGUCAAAUACUGACGCUUUGGGUUGGUGGUUCGGUCCGACUACCAUCUUGACGACCUGGGAAUGAAUAAUGGACUUACUCCAGAAUUGCAUCUUUAAAAUAACUGCAUGUUGGUGGCCCCCAAUACCACUCAGUACGCUUACAUGACAUCAGAGACUAAAACCAGACUUUUAAGAUACACAUAAACAUGUCAGUCUGACUGAAAUCGUACUAAAUCAAAUUUCUCAAAGUCGCACUAACACAGGCACAGAAUGUGAUUUACUCCUGCAUUUAUACAGUCGAUCUGACCCAAACUGGCCAAGGUGCUCUGGAAGAUGCUCCACACUUUCUGCCCUGGGCUUCAAGUAGCUUUAAAUGCAUAACAGAAAAAGAGGCCAGGAAGUCUAUAUCCAGAGCUGUGCAUUUUUGGACGGACAAAAUGUACAGAGCUGUAAAGUUGUCCACCAUGGUACCAGUUUGCUGCUGGCUAACUGUAGCUAACUUGUUUGUCCAUUGUUUGGACUGUGAUGUAGUAGGUCAGCCUAUACUAACAAGGUGAAAGGGGGCAUAUCGCUACCUAUCGUUGCAAAGUCGGACAUACUUCAGUCAAUUAAUCAAUCCCCCCGUACGGGACAGGGACAGUAGUCCAGUUAAAUGGCCUCGUCGAGCUGUAAGCGUAGCUCAACUUAACUGUGCAUGUAAACGUACUGAGUGAGAAGUUACAGAGUUCCACUGCAGUCUAAAUAAAUACCAAUAAAAUAAUCAAAAACUAACGGGGGGUAACAACAUCAUAUUUCUGCAUUCUGGAUUUGACUCCUUUCCAAAGUUUCCAAAGUUGGGAUUUAAGCUGUUUUAUAUUUAAAUCUUUCUUUGGUCCUGCUUUGAUAUUUUUGUCAGCUCAAGAUCUAACUCUCUGUAUCAUAAUUAACAUGCUUAUUUAUCAAUAAAUGGCAUUUUGGUCAAAUAAAAAUCCUGUUCCACACUCCUUUAAGAAAACUGUUUUUAAACCAUGACAACUGUGGGCUCUACAAACUUAUCACCAUGUCGUGUGUGUAUAUAAUGUGCAAUUUAUAUAUCCUUUUUUCUCAGAUCAGAAUCUAGAUGAAUAAGAUGUGAAUUUUGCUUUAUUCUGUUCUGUUUAUUGGUUUCUCAAAUGAUUUAAAUAAACGUGUCCCUGCUCAUUGUAUACAACAC